AUUUCAAUUAUGAGCAGUAAAAACCAUUCAAUAAAUUUUAGAGGCAAGCCAACUAAAAAAUAGAUGUACAACUUAUCUGUGUAUUUCAUUAUCAAGUUUAAUAUUUUCCAUAAAUAAUUAGCUUUGUUCAGUGUGUAGCUUAUUGCAUUAUCCCAUCAAUAGUUAUUAGUGCAUAUUGCUUAAAAUAAUUUGUUUUAUGUUGAGUUAUUUAUUUUAAAAUGAAUAUCGUAUCUAUUAUAAAAAAAAAGGCAUUAAAACAAGAACUUACAGAAGAAGAAAUAAAAUAUUUUGUUGAUUGUGUAGUGAAAAAUGCGAUAGAUCAAUGUCAAAUAGGAGCAAUGCUAAUGGCUUUUUUCUUGAAUGAUAUCAACAAUACCGAAGUCAGGGUCAUAACAAAAGCCGUGGUCGAAUCCGGUUUUAUUUUGGAUUAUGGACCAUCAAAAAUCGUUGUGGAUAAACAUAGUACCGGAGGAGUGGGGGAUAAAGUAUCUAUUCCAUUAGUACCAGCAUUAAAAGCUGUUGCAGAUUUUGUCAUACCUAUGGUAUCGGGGAGAGCCUUAGAUUUUACAGGCGGCACCUUGGAUAAAUUAGAAAGUAUUCCAGGAUAUUCUGCAUUUAGUUAUGAACCAGCAAAAUUGUUGGAAAUGGGAAACGAAUUCGGAUGUUUUAUAGUAGGAUCUGAUGAUUUAGCACCUGUAGAUUCAGUUCUUUAUAAAGCUAGAGAUGUUACUGCUACAGUUGACAACGAUAAGUUGAUUAUAUCUUCAAUAAUUUCUAAAAAAGCUGCAGCUGGAGUUAAGUACUUAAUAUUGGAUUUGAAAGUCGGAAAUGCUUCAUUUUUCACUUCUAUCGAGCGCGCAAAACAGUUUGGAGAACAGUUUAUAAACGUUGCUAAACUAAUGGGUAUCAAUUGUAGAGUACUCUUAACUAGAAUGUCGGCACCUAUCGGAAAAUAUGUUGGUAAUUCCUUAGAGAUUAUCGAGUCAAUUGAUUGUUUAAAGGGUAAAGGACCAUCUGAUUUACAAACUAUCAUUGAACACAUUGGGAGUCAUUUACUACAGAUGACAAAAAAAACGGAUUCUCUUAAACAAGGACGUAAGAUCAUAGCUGAUGCAUUAAACAAUGGAACAGGGUUACAAAUAUUUAAAAAAAUGCUAGUAGUGCAAGGAAUUUAUGAUAGCGUAGCUGAAGAACUCUGUUAUGGUGACCCAACAUCAAUUUUACCCAUGGCCAAAAAUAUAAAAGAAAUCAAAUCAUUAACGGCGGGUUAUGUUAAGUCUAUUGAUGGUAUGGCUAUUGCUAAAGUUUGUAAUGUAUUGGGCGCUGGACGACAAUUCUCCGGACAAAAAAUCGAUCCAGGCGUAGGCGUUCACUUACUCGUCAGCGAAGGAGAUUAUGUUGACCUAGGAAAAGUCAUAUUGAACCUGCAUCAUAACAAUACAUCAUUAAAUGAAAAAUUGGUUGAAGAUUUGCAAAAAUCAAUAGAAAUAUUAGAAAAACCCUCAUUGGAAGUGAACGAUAUUAUAUUAGAUUAUAUAGAUUUAGCCGAUGGAUAAAAAAAUGAAAAAUGUUCGAAUUUUUAACUAUUAUACAAUUAUUUUAUUUCUGA